GUUUUUGUAAUCUGAGACAAAUUCUUUUGGUUUCUUUUACUCGUUUUGUAGCCGAGUCAAUAGAAAUUAUACAAAAAUGGCUAAACGUACAAAGAAGGUUGGAAUUACCGGAAAAUAUGGCACACGUUAUGGUGCAUCACUCAGGAAGAUGGUUAAAAAAAUGGAAAUUACCCAACACAGUAAAUACACAUGCACAUUCUGUGGCAAAGAUGCUAUGAAACGCAGUGUAGUUGGAAUUUGGUCUUGCAAACGAUGCAAAAGGACUGUUGCUGGUGGAGCUUGGGUAUACUCAACGACAGCAGCUGCUUCAGUAAGAUCUGCAGUACGUCGAUUACGUGAAGUUAAAGAACAAUAAUUUCAAUAAAUAAAAUGUCUUUAAAAAAUUA